GUCCAUUGGUGCCUCAUAUAUAUUCGCCAAGCCAGCAAUUUUUCUGCACUGUCCUCUAUAAUGUCUAACGCGGCGAAGAACUUCCUAAUAACUGGCGCUGGAAGAGGCAUUGGGCGAGGCUUGUCAAGAAUUUUGCUCGAGGCUGGCCAUCGGGUGUUUCUCAUCGACAACGACAGAACAGAGCUUGACCACAUUACCGGUGUUUUAGCAAAGUCGCACAAGCGCGGUGUCGCCUUUGAUUCUGUACUCUGCGAUUUACGGAAGCCAACAGACAUCCAAGCCGCUGCUGCCGCCGCCCAGUCGCUGUUUGCCAAUCGACUCGAUUGUCUAGUUAACAAUGCCGCCUAUAUCGGGGGUGUUGGCGGCUUAUCGCUCGUCGAGAUGACGCUUGAGGAAUGGAACCGCAGCCUAGAAACCAAUUUGACAGCUCCCAUGCUCAUGACACAGGCCUGUCUUCCCAUGCUGCGCGAGGCCCGCGGCUGCGCGAUCCACGUCUCGUCGACGAGGGCUCUGAUGAGCGAACCCAACAACGAAGCAUACUCCACCACAAAGGCCGGCCUAAUAGGCAUGACACAGAGUAUGGCAGUAUCGCUGGCCACGGAGGGCAUUCGGGUCAAUUGCAUUCUGCCUGGGUGGAUUCACGUAGGCAACGAGAGCAAAGCAGCCGAUGAGAAGAACCAAGCUUGGCAAGAUGGUCUUAGCGAUGAGGAUAUGAAGUGGCAGCUCACCGGAAGGGUGGGCAAGGUGGAAGACAUUGCAAAGGCGGUAUUAUAUUUGGCUGAGAAUGAUGGUGUAUCGGGAACAGAAAUGGUUGUCGACGGAGGCGUGACGAGAAAGUUGGUAUACCCAGAGUAGCCUCUUUUAUACAAACUAUUAUAUACUCGCAUAAGAUACAUAAUGUGUUUAAUUAUAUACAGGGCGU